AUGGUUGCACAAAAUAAUCAACAAAAUAAAGAUGAAACAAAAGGUAUUAAAUCAUAUUAUUGUUCAAAGAUUGAAGAAUUAGAAAUUAAAGUUAAUGAAAAAGCACAAGAUUUAAGAAGAUUAGAAGCACAAAGAAAUGAAUUAAAUAAUCGUGUAAGAAUGUUAAAAGAGGAAUUACAAUUAUUGACUAACCCAGGAUCACAUGUAGCAGAGGUAGUCAAAUUAAUGGGAAAGAAUAAAGUAUUGGUAAAGGUUAAUCCAGAGGGUAAAUUCGUGGUUGAUAUUGAUCCAACCGUUGAUAUUGCCAAGUUAACACCAUCAACCAGAGCUGCAUUGAAACAUGAAAGUUACACACUCCAUAGAAUCUUACCAAAUAAAAUUGAUCCGUUGGUCAGUUUGAUGAAAGUUGAAAAGAUACCAGAUUCAACCUAUGAUAUGGUUGGUGGAUUGGAUAAACAAAUCAAAGAGAUCAAAGAAGUCAUUGAGUUGCCAAUUAAACAUCCAGAGUUAUUUGAAAGUUUAGGUAUCGCUCAACCAAAGGGUGUACUCUUGUAUGGUCCACCAGGUACUGGUAAAACUUUGUUAGCUCGUGCCGUUGCUCAUCAUACCGAUUGCACAUUCAUUAGAGUUAGUGGUUCCGAAUUGGUUCAAAAAUAUAUUGGUGAAGGUAGUCGUAUGGUUCGUGAAUUAUUCAUUAUGGCUAGAGAACAUGCUCCUUCAAUCAUUUUCAUGGAUGAAAUCGAUUCCAUUGGUUCAUCUCGUGGUGAAUCUGGUUCCGGUGGUGGUGAUAGUGAAGUUCAACGUACUAUGUUAGAGUUACUCAAUCAAUUGGAUGGUUUUGAAAGUACUAAAAACAUUAAAGUACUCAUGUGUACAAAUCGUAUUGAUAUUUUAGAUCCAGCUUUAUUAAGACCAGGUAGAAUUGAUAGAAAAAUUGAAUUUCCAAAUCCAGGUGAUGCUGGUCGUUUAGAUAUUUUAAAGAUCCAUUCAAGAAAAAUGAAUUUAACAAGAGGAAUUAACCUUAAAAAGAUUUCAGAUAAAAUGAAUGGUGCUUCAGGUGCAGAAUUAAAAGCAGUUUGUACUGAAGCUGGUAUGUAUGCUCUUCGUGAAAGAAGAGUUCAUGUAUCUCAAGAAGAUUUUGAAAUGGCAGUUUCUAAAGUUAUGAAGAAGGAUUCAGAACAAAAUAUGUCAAUCAACAAAUUAUGGAAAUAA